AAUGACUUUAGGAAAAAGCUAUGAUCCUGUGAGGAGGAUAUACUAUGUUCAGAACUGAUGUGGCAUGCUACAUGAAUCUCAACGAAAGAAAGAAUUUCAGAAUCAAAUUCUAGAAGACUGGUUUUGGUUACCAUUUGGCGUUGCCAGUGAAUUCUUUUGUGUUAAGAAGGAAGUGAGGGGUCACGGAACUUGUAGAGAACAUUUCAUUUUUUUUUUUUUUACUUCGAACUGAUUUUUCUGCUCUUAUCCGUGAAUAGUAUAGUUUCAGUUGCAUUGAUUUAAAUGUAUGUGAAUGUAAUUGGCUUAAUUUCUCUUUCAGGACUUGAACCCAUGAGAGAAGCCUGUGGCCCUUGUGAAGAUAAAUGUCAGCUUCCCUCUUUAAUUGGAACCUCCUCUUAGGACGCGUAUGCGACGCUCAGCCCGAGAUUUGUCCUUUUAGUGGCUGCUGACUUUGAUUACAGGCAGGUCUCUGAAGAUUCAUAUCAAAUGACGUCAAUGGCCAGCUUGUUUUCUUUUACUAGUCCAGCAGUGAAGCGGUUGUUGGGCUGGAAGCAAGGCGAUGAGGAGGAGAAAUGGGCAGAAAAGGCAGUCGACGCUUUGGUGAAGAAGCUGAAGAAGAAAAAGGGCGCCAUGGAGGAGCUGGAGAAAGCCUUGAGCAGCCCGGGACAGCCGAGCAAGUGCGUCACCAUCCCUCGGUCUCUGGACGGACGCCUGCAAGUGUCUCACAGAAAAGGCUUACCCCACGUCAUAUACUGCCGGGUGUGGCGCUGGCCCGAUCUGCAGAGCCACCACGAGCUGAAGCCCUUGGAUACUUGUGAAUUUCCUUUUGGGUCUAAGCAGAAAGAAGUUUGUAUCAACCCGUACCACUAUAAGAGAGUGGAGAGUCCAGUCUUACCUCCAGUGCUAGUGCCUCGUCAUAAUGAAUUCAAUCCACAACACAGCCUUCUGGUUCAGUUUAGGAAUCUGAGCCACAAUGAACCGCACAUGCCACAGAAUGCCACGUUUCCAGAUUCUUUCCACCAGCCCAACAACACUCCUUUUCCCUUAUCUCCGAAUAGCCCCUACCCUCCCUCCCCUGCUGGCAGCACGUAUCCCAGCUCCCCUGCGAGUUCUGGGCCCGGAAGUCCAUUUCAACUCCCAGCUGAUACGCCUCCUCCUGCCUACAUGCCGCCCGAUGAGCAGCUGAGUCAGGACAGCUCGCAGCCUAUGGACACAAGCAGCAACAUGAUUCCUCAGAUCAUGCCCAGCAUAUCCAGCCGAGAUGUCCAGCCUGUUGCCUAUGAAGAACCCAAACAUUGGUGUUCAAUUGUUUACUAUGAAUUAAACAACCGCGUCGGGGAAGCUUUUCACGCAUCUUCUACCAGUGUGCUGGUAGAUGGAUUCACAGACCCUUCCAAUAACAAAAGCAGAUUCUGCUUGGGAUUGUUGUCAAAUGUCAAUCGUAAUUCGACCAUUGAAAACACGAGGCGCCAUAUUGGGAAAGGCGUCCAUCUGUACUACGUUGGCGGGGAGGUGUACGCAGAGUGUCUGAGCGACAGCAGCAUCUUUGUGCAGAGUCGGAACUGCAACUUCCACCACGGCUUCCACCCCACCACCGUCUGUAAGAUCCCCAGCAGCUGCAGCCUCAAGAUCUUCAACAACCAGGAGUUCGCUCAGCUCCUGGCUCAGUCCGUCAACCAUGGCUUUGAGGCCGUGUACGAGCUCACCAAAAUGUGCACCAUCCGGAUGAGUUUUGUCAAGGGCUGGGGUGCCGAGUACCACCGGCAGGACGUUACCAGCACUCCCUGUUGGAUCGAGAUCCACCUUCACGGGCCUCUUCAGUGGCUGGAUAAAGUCCUUACGCAGAUGGGCUCUCCUCUGAACCCCAUAUCUUCUGUCUCAUAGUGCAGAAGCCUUCUUCUUUUCAAUUAGGUUCCUUGUGGACUUGUUUAAUUUUAGAGAUACUGUGAGCUGACAUGGAAAAACAGAUAUUACAGCUUAUUUUUUUUCUACAAACUUGUGACCAACACAUUUGUACUUUGUGACGAUUCUGCAUUUGUUUGUAUCGCUGUUCACGUAGUGGACUGGAGGGCGUGGGGGAGGCACGGAGCAAGCGUCCUGCCCACUCCGAACAUGAACUGGAACAGGCUAUUGCUUAUUGUCCCAACAGUUUUUUAUUUCCUAAUUUUUUUUUAAUGUAACAAAAAAAUUAUAGUGUAAGAGGGUAUAUACAUGGGGAAAAGUGUAUUUGUCCUCCCUUUUCUCUCCGUCUCCCGGAACCUAUGUGCUUCUAAUAAUGUAUCCCACCAACUUCAUAAAAAUGUAUUGUACUUUGUUUUGCAAAAGAGUAUGGUAGGGGCUUAAAAGAAACUAUAUAUAAAAAAAAA